AUGGAUUUCGCUUCGACGGUCAGGAAGGCAUGUGCCGGGACUAGGGCCAGAUGCACGUGGCAGAGGAGGAAGCGAUCGCGUCCGUACGACCGCACAGGACGAGCCGGCCUAGGGGCGACAAGACCGAGUCGGACCUCUUCGCUUUUCAGGCAAUGGAUGUCUCACUUCUGCUGUACGUCUCGGGCCUGUACGUCCAGUCUGAGCCUGUCUGAUCAGUCCCUGCUGCAGUCAGGAUGCUGCACCAGUCCCAGAGGUGCACAGGGUAUCGUUGGAGAUGGAAGAGAUGGACAGAGAGAGGUGUAUGGAGAGGAGGUUUGGGUGGGAGAAGUUGAGGAUGACAAGGAAGGUGAGGAUGAGAACCAGGAAGAAGAACAACAAGAUGAUGAUGAAGACGAAGAAGAAGAGGAGGACAAUAAAGAAGAGAAAGGGGAAGAAAGCCAGGAUCUGGGUCCUCCUCCGUCUGUAGACGAGGCCGCCAACACACUGAUGACGCGACUGGGGUUCCUGCUCGGGGACAAAGGGAACGAAGGGCCUGGUGGAGCACAGUACAGCAUGGAGGAACAAGAUGACCCUCAGGGCGUCUCCAUGACCCAGAGGAUCAGCCCAUGCUCCAGUUUAGCUAGCAGCACAGCAUCGCCCCCUCCUGGCAGCCCCUGCUCCACGUUACCCGCUGGAGCCCCGGGUAACAUGGGCACCAGAGACUGUGCUUACGGUUCCAUCACGAGUCCCACCUCCACCCUGGAGAGCCGAGACAGCGGCAUUAUAGCAACGCUCACGAGUUACUCAGAGAAUGCCGAGCACGGAGGAAAACACAGCGAGGGCUCGCGGGGCAGCCUCAAACUCUGGCAGGCGCAGAAGUCAAUGGGUGCAGACUCCUUUCUUUAUCGGGUGGAUGAAAACAUGGCCGCCUCCACAUACAGCCUCAACAAAAUCCCAGAGAGGAGUCUGGAGCAUUCUGUCUCUCACUCCGCCCACUCCAUCCCCCUCUACCUCAUGCCCCGUCCCAACUCUGUGGCCGCCACUAGUUCAGCUCACCUGGAGGAUCUUGCUUAUCUGGAUGAGCGGAGACAGGCUCCACUGCGCACGUCUUUGCGUAUGCCACGACAAAACUCCGGUUCCAGCCGUUCUGGACAAGCUGACAUGAGAGUGCGCUUUGCUCCAUACCGGCCACCGGACAUCGCCCUGAAGCCGCUUCUCUUCGAGGUGCCCAGUCUGACCCCCGAUGCGGUUUACACCGGCCGAGACUGGCUGUUCCAGGAAGUGGACGCGUGUCUGCGCAGCAGCGAGUCCUCAGCCAAUCAAGGUGUGGUUAUUGUUGGCAACGUUGGCUUCGGCAAGACGGCCAUCAUCUCUCGCUUGGUGGCUCUCAGCUGCCACGGCAACCGCAUGAGACCGAUCACCUCUGACAGUCCACACGCCUCACCAAAACAUGGCGACACACUGCCCUUGAGCCAGCCUCAGUCCGCUCACGGCACUCUGGUCGGUGGGAGCAGCUGCCCUGGAACGCCCGAGAUGAGGAGACGCCAGGAGGAGGUGCUCAGAAGGCUGGCUUCUCAGGUGGUGGCGUACCAUUACUGUCAGGCCGACAACGCGUACACCUGCCUGGUCCCUGAGUUUGUGCAUAACGUGGCAGCGUUGUUGUGCAGAGCUCCUCAGAUGCAGGCCUACCGAGAGCUGCUGCUCCGCCAGCCGCACCUGCAGAGCACCCUCAGCCUGCGCGCCUGCGUCCAGGACCCUUCCAACGCUUUCCGCAGGGGCCUGCUGGAACCUCUGGACAUCCUGCAUCGAGAGAGGAAGAUCGCGUGUGAGGAGAACCUCAUCAUCCUGAUUGAUGGGUUGAAUGAGGCGGAGUUCCAUAAACCAGAUUACGGAGAAACCAUUGUUUCCUUCCUGUGCAAAACCAUCGAGCGUUUCCCUCCCUGGCUUAAACUGGUGGUCACUGUCAGAACGACACUGCAGGAUAUAACUCGUCCGUUGCUGUUCCACCGGAUCUCUCUGGAUCGGCUGGAGGAAAGUGAUGCGAUUGACUCGGACUUGCAGGGCUACAUCCUGCACCGGCUUCACUCCAGCCAGGAGAUCCAGAACAACGUGGCGCUCAACGGCAAGCUGGACAACGCAGCCUUCACCAAACUCAGCGCUCAUCUGAAAAGUCUGAGCCGGGGCUCCUAUCUCUACCUGAAGCUCACGCUGGACCUCAUUGAGAAGGGUUACCUGGUGCUCAAAAGCUCCAGCUUCAAGGUGGUUCCGGUGAAUCUGGCCGAGGUUUACCUGUUGCAGCUGAACAUGCGUUUCCCAACUCAGUCGUCAUUCGAGCGCGUUCUUCCGCUGCUUAACGUGGCCGUGGCUUCUCUACACCCGUUAACUGAUGAGCAGGCCUACAGUGCCGUGAACGCCGGCAUGGUGCGUGGAGCGGCCAUGGACUGGGAGGAUUUCCAGCAGAGGUCUGAACUCCUGUCGCCCUUCCUGGUGAAAAGACGUGAUGGCACGCGCAUGUUCAUCCACCCCUCCUUCAGAGAGUGGCUCAUCUGGAGAGAGGAUGGAGAGAAGACCAAGUUCCUCUGCGAACCCAGGAGUGGCCACACACUGCUUGCUUUCUGGUUUUCACGGCAAGACAGUAAACUUAAUCGACAGCAGACCCUCGAACUUGGCCACCACAUUCUCAAAGCUCACAUCUUUAAGGGCCUGAGUAAGAAGGUUGGGGUUUCCUCGUCAGUUCUGCAGGGGCUGUGGGUGUCCUACAGUACAGAAGGGCUCUCUGCAGCUUUGGCUUCAUUGAGAAACCUCUACACUCCAAACAUCAAGGUAUCUCGGCUGCUGAUUAUGGGCGGAGCUAACAUGAACUAUCGUACAGAGGUGUUGAAUAACGCCCCCAUCCUGUGUGUCCACGCUCACCUGGGCUACCUGGAGACUGUGGCUCUGCUGCUGGAGUUUGGGGCGUAUGUGGAUGGCGUUUCAGAGAGCGGACUCACUCCCCUCAGCUACGCAGCGGCCGCGGGUCACCUACCUGUCAUCACUGCUCUCUGCAGUAAGAAAGCCAAGGUGGAUCACCUGGAUAAGAACGGUCAGUGUGCGCUGGUCCACGCGGGUCUGCGGGGUCAUCUAGAGGUGGUGAAGUAUCUGGUGCAGUGCGAGUGGAACACAGACGGACAGCAGGCUGGAUCCUUCAGCAAGAGCCAUGCGGUACAGCAGGCCCUCAUUGCAGCUGCCAGUAUGGGCUAUACAGAGAUUGUAUCCUACCUGCUUGACCUACCUGAGAAAGAUGAGGAAGAGGAGGAACGAGCUGAGAUAAAUAACUUUGACACACUGUGGGGUGAAACAGCUCUGACAGCAGCAGCGGGUCGGGGGAAGCUGGACGUGUGUCGUCUUUUACUGGAGCAGGGUGCCGCUGUGGCUCAGCCCAACCGCAGGGGCAUCGUGCCACUCUUCAGCGCCGUGCGGCAGGGACACUGGCAGAUAGUGGACUUGUUGCUGAAUCACGGCGCUGAUGUGAACAUGGCAGAUAAACAGGGACGAACUCCUCUAAUGAUGGCUGCGUCUGAGGGACACCUGGGUACGGCCGAGUUCCUGCUGGCUCAAGGAGCCUCAUUGCUCUCCACAGAGAGCUCAAGCAUGCUGACUGCAAGUUCAGUAGCUGUUGGACUCAAUGUUUUUAUUACCAGUCCUGCAACAUGGGCAAUGGCCACAUCAAAACCUGAUAUUAUGAUUGUUCUGCUGAGCAAACUGAUAGAGGAAGGAGAUGGAUUCUACAAGAAAGGAAAGGUGAAAGAAGCCACCCAACGGUACCAGUAUGCCCUGAAGAAGUUCCCACGAGAGGGUUUCACAGAGGACCUGAAGACCUUCCGUGAGCUCAAAGUUUCUCUGCUGCUCAACCUCUCCCGCUGCCGGAGGAAAAUGAAUGACUUUGGGAUGGCGGAGGAGUUUGCCUCCAAGGCACUAGAGUUGAAACCCAAAUCCUAUGAAGCCUAUUACGCACGAGCCCGUGCCAAGCGCAGCAGCAGGCAAUUCCACGCAGCCCUGGAGGACCUGAGUGAAGCUGGGCGUCUAUGUCCCAAUAACCGCGAGAUCCAGCGCCUGCUGCAACGUGUAGAAGAAGAGUGUCAUCAAGUUGAACAACAACAGGAGCUGGAUCCGCCUCCUUCCCCUCCCCGCGAUCAAGCCCCAUCCAUGGUUCCGCCUCCUCCAGUGGAGCCCCACAUUUCAGACAUGGAGCCUGUCCAGGACUUGUUUGAGGAGGACGAUGAUUACCUCGAGCGGGAUUUGGACGGCCUACCACUUGGUGUUCCUGCUGAGCCCCACGCUAUACCAUCGGGACUUCCUGUCAUUCAAAACAUGCCUCCAUCUCCGAUCCAUCACGAUUCACCCUACUUGGGCCAAGCGUAUGAUUUUCGCCCCAGUCCCCCUUCAAUGUCCUCUCCUACCAGGCAAGGCUACCAGUCCCCCUCUCCAUCGCUCUCACCAACGCACCAGAGCUCUCACUUCCGGCCCAGUCCCCCUCAUCAGGCCUCCUACCACUUCAGCCCACCGCCAUCACCGUUACGCCGUGGACCACAGUAUCGUGCCAGCCCCACCUCUGAGGGAGUCGCCAUGUACCGUCCCCAGUCCGCCUCUGCAGGACGGUACCAGCAGGACCAGCUUGCAGGGCGACCUAAGUCCCCUCUGUCCAAGAUGAGCAGCCAACGUUCUUUCCAAUUUUCCCAACAGACUUCCCAGCCAUCACAACAGACCCAGUGGUUGCAGCCAGCCAAGGCACAGAUCAUCCGCACCAACCAGCCCAGCACUGCGGUGCACUCCAGUGUCGUACUGGGUAGUAGUGCAUACAGUCAGAUUGCUCACUCGAUGAGCGCCCGCUGCCCAGGAGACAUGGAUGAGCUUGGGGAUGGAGGGUACUCUUCCUCACUUCAACCUCAGGGCAGUCUGAGUGCAGGGGCCUUGUACCAGCGUGCCAUCAGCAUGGAUCCUGGCCUUGUGGAGGACGAGCUCCCUCAGAGGCCCUCCUCUGCAUACAGACCCAAUCCCGGAGGAGUCCGUUACGCUCAGACACCACAGAUCAGCCGCAGUCAGUCGACCGCCUACUAUCCAGUCUCGCCUCAUGAAAUGGAGCGACAGGUGACUCUGGGUUCACCAGAGAACCUUCAAGCCCACCGACGUCCAGUCAGCGCGAAUAGUGCUGAACCCAAACAGCACCCACCAGCUCCACGCCCCCUUAUUCACUCCCACAGUACGGGUCUACGCUUCUCUCCAUCCAGCAACAGUUUGGUGGCAGGUUCUGCUGCUAACCUAGGCCCAGGGUUCAGGGUGUCGGCUUCUGCGCAGCAAAUGGAGAUCCCUCUAAAGCUUUCCUAUGAAGGCGGCUACCAUGAUGACCUUUCACCGGUGUCACCCCCACAAGGCACAGACUUCCGGGUGGUGGGUGGAACAUAUCCAGGAGAAGCACUUCGCUCCCGCACUACACCUUUCAUGGGAAUUAUCGACAAGACCGCACGGACUCAGCAGUACCUUCAGCAGCAGCCUUCGCUGGCAUCGUCCUCUUCGGGUUCUCGACCCUGGACCGUUUCUUCUCUGGAUACGGUGGUGAACAGUCCAGCUACUUCCCCUAGUAACAUGGGCUAUGGGCAACAAGCAGCACCCCUCAGUCAUAUCGCCUACUACAACCGCACCAACAACGCUCACAAUGGCCACCUCAUGGAUGACGAUUUCUACACCAACUCCCCUGGUAUGACACGGGACCGGGCGGACGCUAUGAGCCGAGUUAGCCAGGUUCCCACAUACCCGGAUGUGAAAGUGGCACGGACUCUGCCAGUUUCCCAGGCCUACCAGGACAAUGAGUUUAGGCAGAUGUCUCGAAAUGAAAGGCAAGGCCCAACCUCACCCAUUAAACCAAAGAGACCCUUUGUGGAGUCUAACGUGUAAGAAUAAAGAAACGGUGUGCAAGAUUUAUUAGAACAUUCUCGAGGAAUAUCUAACAUGUUGACCAUCUUAUCUCUUCGUUUUACUGAUGUGAAUCUAGCAUGUACAAAUCAAAUGCAUCUAUAUUUGCUCUGGACACAAAAAUGGAAGUAUCAGGACCCAUUGGAGUUCUAGUAGGCCUGUGUAACUGCUGUACACCAACCUUCUACUUUUCUGUACCUUUCUGAGAGGGUGGCUGCUCAAUGCCAGUCAUGGACACAUUGCUGAGCAUGGCCCCUGGACCAGAUGUCCUCACUAAUGUCCCCACUCAAACCAGUAAUAUCCCUGAGAAUUUUGUUGUGUCUUGAGUUGAAAAUGUACCUAAAAUAUUCCAGAUCAAUAUUGCUAAAGCAAAAAACUAUUAUUUAAAAUUAAGUUAUGUUUGUAUAAAUAUAUAUACACCUACAUUUCAGUGCAGUUGUGUUUUCAGUUUGCCUUGAGUUGACAUGCACUCAGCAAUGUUAAAUAUUUUUUAGAAUUUUCUGGGCAUUUUUAUUUUUUGUCAACAGGUUAUAAAGGUCAACAGGAUUGCUACCUUUAAUGCAAUGCAAAUAUCUGUAGUGUUUGGUUAAUAAUUUCAUAUCUGCUCAAGGGAAGUAGCAUUCAGGUGGUCAGCUGUUAAUUUACUCGCUCUAAAGUAGUCACACCACUAAAACGGAAAUUGUCUUUUCCAAAGAAACUUUUCUCAUGGGAAGGUAUGCGUGGAGAAAACUUUUUUUUUUGCAGCCUCUGAAUUCACAUGCUCUCAUUCAUUAUGUUUUGAGAGUUUAUUUGUGCACUGAAACAUGCCUUCAGAACAUUUUCCCUGUUUGUUUUAAACUGUGAGUACUUGCUUUCAAAUAUGGGAAACCUGACUUGAUGUCAAAGCCUGUGUCAUGUAUCGCCAUUGAACUAACACUAUUGGUAGGUCAGGCACUCUUUUUUACGUAUGUCUUGGUGGGAAGAUGGUGACAAGUCAGAUUCGCUCACUGGAUCUGACUUUACUAAUCAAUGUUCAACUGCUGUUGAAAAAGAGCAGGUAUUUUUGCAGUGUUUUAAUUAUUAUUAUUAUUUUCUCAUUUUAAAGUUAUAUGAGGUGCACUCAGAGUUGACCUGGAAUACUGCUUACUGUACAACAGUGUUUGUAUUUAACUAUUUGUUUUCCUUUUGUAUGACCAAAAUGUAAAAUGGCUGUAAAUAAUGUGCUGAACUAGAACGCAUGCUCUCUGCUAAUACACAAACCUGAGUGUGUGUAUGUGUGUGGUUUUAUGUAUGAGGGAAAAGACUGUGGCACAAUAUAUUUCCUUGUUUCCCUUAUUAGACAAAAAAAAAAAAAAGAGCAGAUGAAAUUGAGGUUUUGUAUAUAUUUUGCUUUAAUAUUUAGAUUUUGUUUAGAACUGGGUUUGCAAAGGAGGAUUCUCUGUAAAUUAUCUGUAAAUGUGAGCUGUGAUGUUUUCUGGGAUGGAAAAUCAGAAACGUGAAUGAGGACUUUUUAUCCAGUUACACGAUUGUAAACUGUACAAUCAUCUGUAUGUAUGAGGGAAAUAAUGAACUUAUUUAAAAAAAAAA